AUGCUGAGAUCCACUGCUGCAUUAAAGUCCCUGAAAGUGCUGAUCUAUAUUUUAACCCUGUCUGAGCCUAGGAAACCUGCCUGUCACCUGCAGAUCAUUAAAGCAGUUGAGGAAUAUGAAUAUAUCCAGGAAGGAGACGUCAUGAUCGGAGGGGUGAUGACUGUAGAUUUGUCUAUGAAAAAGAUUAUUUUACUACCGGAAAAUUUCACCUUUGUACCCAAACUGUUAUGUGUUGAUUCCAGCCAACAGAAUAUAAAGUACUUGGUGGACUUGCGAUUUGCUGUGGAGCAAACUAACAAGGAUCCAGAGCGGUUGCCCAAUGUGACUCUGGGGUACCAUAUAUACGAUUCCUGUGGGAGUGCACUGAAGGCUGUGAGGAGUGUAUUACAGAUAUUAUCUGGUACCAGGGAGCCGGUUCCCAAUUACUCCUGUGUGGGAAAGAGACACAUUGCUGGAUUUAUUGGGGAUCUCACCUCAGAGACAACUGUACCCAUAGCCCAGAUACUGACUCUGUAUGGAUACCCCCAGAUCAGUUAUGGAGCUACAGACCCAUUGCUCAGUGACAGAUCCACCUUCCCAUACUUUUUCCGCACAGUACAGAGUAUUCAAAGUGAGUUUAAUGUUUUAGGGAAAUUACUGAGACAUUUUGCCUGGACCUGGGUUGGAGUAAUUACAUCUAAUGAUAUUAGUGGAGAGGAAGAACAUAAGCUCCUGGCCAAGUAUCUCUCAAGUGCUGGCAUCUGCAUUGAGUUCACUUUAAGACUACCAAAAGAAACCAGUAUAAUUCAUGAAUUCAGGGAAAUUAUCAGCAGUUCCUCUACCAACAUCAUUAUAAUUUGUGGAACUGUAAGAAUAUCAUUGUUUAGCUAUUUAUUACAAUUAAGUAAAUAUUAUAAUGAAAAAACAUUCAUCAUUACAUCAAAUUGGGCAGCCAAUGAAAUGAUUGCUGGUUUUAGUCCAGAAAUAUUUAAUUGCAGUCUGUUCCUUGUGCCAGGAUACCAUUAUGAUCUCAAUACUCCUGAAAUGAGCAACUUUUUACAGAAUCUCCAUCCUUCUAAGUACCCAGAAGACAAGUUACUUGAAGAUAUAUGGACAAUUUAUGUUCGUUGUUUGUCUAAAGACCCAAAUAAGAAUAAGUUUUAUGGAUAUAUUUACCGUCACAAGAUACCUCUCCAUAACUGCACUGGGCAGGAGCGUAUUACAGAUCUUUACAGUUUCAGAGGACAUUACAUCUCUCCCCGAGUGCAUCUGGCAGUUGAUAUGAUGUCUCGUGCUCUUCAUAAUAUGAACAUAAAGCCGGAAGAUAAAUCUCUAAGGAAUAGAGACUUUAAGUCUGAGUUGCACCAUUAUUUAAAGAAAGUUCAGCUUAAGUCCAAACAUGGUGAAAUCUUCUCAUUUGAUGAAAAUGGAGAGUUUACCACCAGAUUCCAGAUCUACAGUCACUUUGCUACUCUGGACCGUUGGUUCAAAAACAUUCUUGGUGAGUUCUCUCCAUGGGCACCACCAGAUCAGCAGCUAAAUAUAACCUCAAUGGCAAUUCCAUGGAAGACAACAGACGAUAAAAUCCCAAGAUCUCAAUGUUCAGACAAUUGUCUUCCAGGAUACAGGAAGAUGCCAAUUCCUCAAGCCCAAUCCUGUUGUUAUGAUUGUGUUGCAUGUUCCAUGGGAGAGAUCUCUAAUAUAACUGACAGUGUGAGCUGCACCCAAUGCCCAGACAUGGAAUGGCCUAAUGAGAUGAAGGAUAUAUGUAUACAAAGAGAGAAAGUGUUUUUAUCAUACAGUAAUGAUGUUAUUUCCAUAUUUUUUUCAGCCGUCUGUAUUCUCUUUUUUCUUAUAACUCAAAUGAUAUUACAAGUCUUUAUUAAAUACCGAGACACCCCCAUUGUGAGAGCCAACAACAGGAGCCUGAGCUUCCUCCUCCUUGUCUCCAUCAAGCUGAGCUUCCUCAGUGUGUUUCUGUUCCUCGGUCGCCCUGUGGAUAUAACCUGCAUGCUGCGCAUCAUCACUUUUGGAAUCACCUUCUCCAUAGCUGUCUCUUCUCUCCUGGCCAAGACUAUCAUGGUUUGUGUUGCUUUCAAAGCCACCAAGCCAGGGAGCUCAUGGAGAAAAUGGGUGGGAGUCAAACUGUCCAAUUCUGUAGUCUUGUUCUGCUCAUCCAUUCAAAUAAUAAUCUGCAUGACUUGGUUGGCCAUUUCUCCUCCCUUUCAGGAACUGGACCUUCACACUUACCCUGGAACCAUCAUCAUUCAGUGCAAUGAGGGCUCAGCUAUUGGCUUUUACUCAGUUAUUGGGUAUAUGGGGCUUCUGGCAGCUGUUAGUUUUGUUUUAGCAUUUUUAGCUCGGACAUUACCGGACAGUUUUAAUGAGGCCAAGUACAUCACUUUCAGCAUGUUGCUCUUCUGCAGUGUUUGGAUCACAAUGAUCCCGGCCUAUCUGAGCACCAAAGGCAAAAACACUGUGUGUGUGGAGAUAUUUGCUAUAGUGACUUCAAGUGCUGGACUUUUAGGCUGCAUAUUUCUGCCCAAAUGUUAUACAAUAUUACUUAAGCCAGAAAUGAAUAUGAAAACUAAUUUGCUUGGAAACAAAUAUAAAUAA